AGAGAGAGGUCGUCAGUGAAUGCGACGUCGUCCGCGCACGCGUCCUCUCCCGCGUCCUCCGCCUCCUCCCGCGCGCUGCGUACGUGACAGCGCCAUCUCCUGCUUGCAGCAGCUAGCAAGCAGCAGGCGCAACAGUAUUACUGCAGAUAGAGCUCUCGACCGAUUGAUCGAUUGCUCACUGCCAUAUACAUGAUACUUACAUACCGACGUACUACACACAGAGAUAGAGAUCGGAGCUAUAGCUAUUGCUAUUGCUAGCCAUAGUAUAGUAGUACCCUUUGCUCCUGCUGCUGCUUUGUUGCUUGCUUCCCUACACUUCUCUCUCUCAGCUGCUAGCUGCGCAUAUAAUUAUUCCCUCGCCAAGCUAUAUAUAUUUGCCUCCUGCCUUCUUCCCGAGCUCACACAAUCGCCAACCUAUACAGAUAUAUGUGCUAGCUACUUCCAAGUUCCUACCUAUCAAUUUCUCUCCUCCUCUUCUUCUUCUCUGCAUCAAUCUGCAGCUUAAUUCUUAGCUAUGUACAUAUAGCUAGCUACCACUUCCAAAAUACUCCACAGAGAUCAAUCACAUAUAGAUAUAGCUAGAUUGCUAUAGACAGAGAGAUCAUCAAAGAAAUUUAGCAGGUGAUAGCCACAUGGGGUUGAGGGACAUCGAGCUGACGCUGCCUCCGGGGUUCCGGUUCUACCCGAGCGACGAGGAGCUUGUCUGCCACUACCUUCAUAACAAGGUGGUGAACCAGCAUCGCUUCGCCGGAGUUGGAGGAGCCGCCGCCGCCGGCGGCGGCACCAUGGUCGAGGUGGACCUCCACACCCACGAGCCGUGGGAGCUACCAGAUGUGGCGAAGCUGAGCACGAACGAGUGGUACUUCUUCAGCUUCCGCGACCGCAAGUACGCGACGGGGCUCCGCACGAACCGCGCCACCAAGUCCGGCUACUGGAAGGCCACCGGCAAGGACCGCGUCAUCCACAACCCCAAGCUGCACGCCGCCGCCCACCGCCGCGCCUCCAUCGUCGGCAUGCGCAAGACCCUUGUCUUCUACCGCGGCCGCGCCCCCAACGGCGUCAAAACCAACUGGGUCAUGCACGAAUUUCGCAUGGAAAACCCUCACACCCCUCCCAAGGAGGAUUGGGUGUUGUGCAGAGUGUUCUACAAGAAGAAGGCGGAGACGGAGACGGAGUCGUCGUACAGCAUGGAGAACGAGCAGGAGGCGGUGAUCGCCAUGGCACGGAGCGCCGCGGCCAUCAAGGCGGGUGGAUGCUACUCCAACUCCUCCUCGUCUCACGACCCAGCCGCCGCCGGCCAUCACUCGCCCCCGCCAUUCCCGGCGUCGCUCGCCGCCUGCAGCAGCAGCCACCACUACAGCAGCCACCCACCGCCGCCUCCCGAUCACCACCACCACCACCACAUGCCCGUCACCGGCGGCGGCGGCGGCUCCCUCAACGAGUUCAUCCCCACCACCAGCAUGGCGCUGUACAGCAGCAUCUUCGACUUCAGCCAGCAUCUCGACGGCGGCGCCGUGGCGGCGUCGGCGUCGGCGGCGGGAUCGAGGGUCGACGGCGGCGAGCAGUGCGGUCUGAUGGAGCUAGGGCUCGAGGAGCACUACAAUUACAACGGCCUGAUGCCGAUGUGACGAUCCACCAUAGGUGUCGGUGCUGCUAGUGCUAGCUUAGCUAGCUUACACACACUCCCAGCUGCUAGCUAGCUGCAGUUCUGCAGCGCAGCUAGCUAGCGUUUAUUAUUAAUAACCUCUUUUCACCUCGAUUGUUUGAUCUGAUUUGUUUCGUGGUGAUCGAUUCCAUCGAUCAGCUUGUGCAGAUUUCGUUGAUUGUGCAUGCAAACAUGCGCACCUGUGUAUAGGGUAUAGUGGUACGUCGUAUAGCGCUGUUGCAUUGUUUGGAGGUAAAUUAUAUAUCUUAGCCUUUAAUUUGAUUGAGAUUGCAGUAGUAGCAGACGUCGUCAUGCAUGUGUACAUAUAAUGUAUGAAUGAUCAGUUUCUGUUGAUGGGUGGAUAUAUUAAUGGAGUACUUAAUUUGGAACCCUUUUUCUA